GCUGCCAGCAGGGCAAGGAAAGGGAAGGGAGGGAGGCGGAAGGCGAGAAAAAAUCCACGCUAGUGCCGCCAUUUUCUCAGUUCGAGUUUCUUGCUUUGCUGUCGCCAGACGCUCGUGCAUUUCCGUCUUGCUCGGCCAACUCGCUCUCUGCUCAGUUUACCCUUUGAAGGAACUUGCUAGCGACGCAGCCAUGACGACUUCAAAGCGCGUGGUGGAGCGGAAGAGCGCGCGGUUUCAGGGCAACAUCGCGCGGCGGGGGAGCGUGCCGGAGACGGUGGCGAAGAAGGGCGAGCGGUUACCCGUCAGCACCAUCGUCAUCAUCUUCUUCGUCUUCGUUGUCGUCGGCUCCGCUCUCUUUCAAAUCAUCCGCAACGCACAGACACGUUCCGUCGACUAAGAUGUUGAAUUCGCCACUCGGUUGCUUGGCUUUUAAUUUCCUCUAGUUCCUAGCUGUGCAGUCUUGGGUGCGGCGCUCGCCCCGAUUUUAUGGUGUAGCCUGUGUUGCUGCCCCCACUAGGUGUGCUGUGAUGACACACCACGUAAAUAUGAAAUGCGGCAUGUUCUUACUUUUAGGGAAGUUGAGCUAUACAUGUGUCAAAACUAUUAUCCAGUGUUACAAAGCUGUGUACCCUGGCCUCCCAUCUCCUUGGGAUCUGCGUCAGCCGCACCUCCUCGCCACCUCACUUUCGCCCACCGAGCCACACCCCUUUCCGCUCGCAUUCGCCCUUGAUUUCACAUUCUAGAUGCUGCGUUGCCAUAACUUCAGAUCACCGCCUUGCGCGUGCUGAGGCACGUCACCCGGCUUUUCGCGCAUCGUAGAGCAGCCCGCGACCAUGGCUCUGCCGAUCGCGUGGGCCGCGGUUGGCGCCGGCUCCAUCGCGAUGUCGCUGUUGCGCCGAGCCAGGAGGAGAGCUGGCGAGCCGUCCGAUGCUGCCAAUCCCGCCCUCUCAGCCGACACUGACGACAAGCCGUCACCGGAUUCGCCGUCGCCGUCAGCUGUCGCCGAAACUGACGGCGACCGGCACGACGCUCCUUCAAGUGACGGCGCCAGUGAAACGGCAGGCGGCGAGGGGUCGACGCUGCGGAGGAGGCGAGGAAAAGGGGAAGGCGGAAGUGAGGCGGGCGGGCGGGCAGGGGAGGGCGCAGGGCGAGCAGCAGAAGCUGACUCGACGCGGGACGAGCGCGGGCCUGCGGAGCGCAGUGCGGCGAAUGGCGUCGCGAAUGGCGCGACUGACGACGACGCUGCAUCUGCAGAGGAAUCCCGGGCGGCGCAGGUGGAGGCAGCUGGAGCAGAUGCUUGCGGCGAGGGGACUAAUGCGGGCGAAUGCGGAGACGGGCAAGCGACGGAAGAUGCGGCGGAGGGGGCGGAGGACGAGACGAGUGUGGGGGAGGUGGUGGGAGAAAGGCCGGAUCACGCAGCGGAAGGGGGAGUUGCAGCAGGGGCAGCAGGGGCAGCAGAAGAAACGAGCGGCGCAGCAGCAAAUACCGGCGUGGGCGCUGGCGAAUCAAAAGCGCAAGGCAAGCCGGAAGUUGCUACUGCUGAUGAGGCCACGCCAAAGGCAGCGCAACCCGCCAAAGCGCCGCAGACGAAGCCGCGCCAGCAGCCGCUGGGGGUGUUCGUCUUCUGGCUCGUUUUCAUCACCCUCACAGGCCUUAUAGCGGGGAUAUUUCUUUUAGCGCAGUUCCUGUUCCUGCAGGACGCGGGCCACAGUGACUUCAUCUCCAUCCCGCCCCUCGUGCGCGCGCACCUCGACCGCGGCCAGACCCUCAAGGUCGCCGCGCCGGGCGCCAUGGUUGGGGGGAAGAGCGGGCACGGGCAGCAGGAGCAGGUGGAGGUGUUCGUGCGCGCGGAGGGGUGGGGGACAGGUCGGGGGAGGAGAUGGGGAGCGGAGGGCAGGGCGGGGGAGAGCGGUGGGGGGCGGGCGGGGGACGGGCAGAGUAAGGAGGUGGUGGUGCUGCUGCAUGGCUUGGGCGGCAGCUCGUUUCUGUAUCGUGACGUCAUCACUCUCCUGGCUGACAAGGGCCUCAGAGCAGUUGCCUUUGACCUCCCGGGGUCGGGGUUAUCCACCAAGUUAACCUCGGUGGAAGAGGGUGCAGCAGCAGUUUACCCCGUUCACCAACUGGCCCGGACCAUAGACAGGGUGCUGAGCGCCCUUGGGAUCACAGAGCCGGUGCACCUGGUGCUGCACGACACGGGCGGGGUGGUGGGCACGCUGUGGGCGGCGGACAACGUGCCUCGGGUGCGCAGCAUCACACUCGUCGACACGCCCAUGGAGGACCCCUUUGCGCCCGCCUUCCCCCCCGCCUGGCUCCUCCGCUACCCGCAUCUCGCCACGCUGGCUGCGCGCGCUGUGUUCCCUGUGGCGGCCCUCCUUGCCUCCUGCUGCAUCAACACUGUGCCGGACGACGUGGCACGGGCCCACGCGUACCUGUUGCAGGCGCAUGGGGGCAUUCAUGCUGCCAUUCUGGCACGCCAGCAUGGCAAUCUGACGCAUGACGUGGCUCGGACGGUGCAGCGGCAUGCAGAGCGAGCGCUGGGACGGGUGCCGAGGCAGCUGCUUUGGUCCGAGGAGGCGGAGGAGCAGGGCGAGGAGGUGCGAUCGCACUGGCCUCUGGCAGACUUCCAUCUGCACAAGGGCAAGCGCUGGCCCCAGGAGGACCAUCCACGGGACAUAGCGGAGGCCAUUGCCAGGUUUGUGCUCGCCCAGCCACCGCUGCCUGCUGCAGCGGGUGCUGGUAGAGAUGGGGGGAAAAAGCACGUGAGCGAACACAGUGCUGCUACUGCUGGUGGGAAGGUGAAGGGGGGAGGCGGAUGUCAGCAUGGCCAUUCGCAUGGUCACGAUCAUGAGCAUGGUCACGGGCAUGGCUUAGGGUACAUGGAUGAUAUAUCUCAGGGCCCAGGCACUCGUCAUGGUGGCUGGGUUAUGUGAGUCUUGUGGAGUCUUUGAAUUUCGGACUGACCAAAAAGAUCAUAAUCAAGCAUGGUCUAUGUAGAUUAUAAUGCAUUAUCUGAAUUGUAUACAAGCCAGCUGCC